GUGUGUGUGUCACUUGCGGUGCGUCCCUGGUGGUGGUGUCGGCGCGCUGCGGGUGGUUACUGUGCACUGGUGGUGUGUGAUAGUGGUUCUGCUGUGCCCUGGAAAACAAAUGAAAAAAGCAAGCGAGCAGCAUACCUGUCUUCAGUAAGUAACACACGGCCAUCCUAAAACUCACCCAGGAAAGAAAAAAAGCGAGACACCCCACAGAGACCCGAGUACAGCGCCACCUAGGGACAGAAAGACUCACAGGAGCACCACCGUAACCCUGAAGCGGUGACGACGAGGACGAGGCACGGAGCGAGGAAUAAGAGACAGAAAGGGAAAGAAGGGCAUGGUGAUAGUGGUGCCGGGGCGUUAACGUAAUGGUGAUGGUGGCGGUGUGAGGUGGUGGUGAGAAGAGGUAGUGAUCGUGGUGGCAGGACAAAGCAGUGAGGGUGACGGUGAGCGGGUUUCGAAGUGGUGAUAGUGGUGGUGGUGGCGGCGUCUUGUGAUGGUCGCCAUGGAGUCGUGGGGCCUUGUGGUACAGGGAGCCACCGAGAUCGUGGAGCAUGAAGGGAGCGCCAGGAAACUCAAGACGACCAUCGACAAGCUGCCGGACAAGGUGUUGCAGCGGAUCUUCUCGUACCUGACGCACAAGGAGAUCAUCAAGAAUGCCUUCGUGUGCAAGAAAUGGCGAACCAUCGCCUACAACACAGCCCUGUGGGACUCCGUCUCGCUCCGACCUGACCGCCAGGGCCUCUGCGUCAACAACGUCGACACGCUGCUCUACCUUAUCGGUGCACGGUUCGCCGCGUCGCUGCGCUACCUGGAGAUGCCGAUGGACGUGAUCACCCAUCCUGUGCUGCACGAACUGGCCGCCAAGUGCCCCAACCUCACCAAUCUCCUCCUCGACUUCUCCACCGCCAUGCAGCUCCACGACUUCAACGACAUGCAGGCGUUCCCGACGAGGCUGCGGACGAUGUGCAUCUGCCUGUCUGAGGUGAUCUUCAUGGAGGGCUUCAUGCGCAAGAUCUACAACUUCAUCAACGGCCUCGAAGUGCUUCAUCUUGUAGGCACGUACGAGAAGGCGGACGAGGAGGAAGAGGAAAUCUACGAAGUCAUCAACAUCCACAAGCUCAAGUCGGCCACACCCAACCUGAAGGUGGUGAACCUCUACGGCAUAAACUUCGUCGACGACUCCCACAUCGAGGCAUUCAGCUCCAACUGUAUCCAGCUCGAGUGUUUGGCUGUGAACUUCUGCGCUAAAGUCAACGGCUCGUCCCUCAAGAUCCUGCUGAGUCGCUGCAAGAAGCUCAAGUGUCUCCUGAUGAACCAGUGCAGCCUGCAGAACGACCAGGUGAUGGCGGCCGACUGGGAGAAGUCCGCGGUGCAGGAGCUGGACGUGACGGCGACGGACAUCUCGACAGACUGCCUCGUGGACCUGCUGACUCGCAUCCCGUCCCUCCGCUGGCUGAGUGCCGGUCAACUGGACGGGUUCACGGACGCUGUACUCAGGGCGUGGACGGAGCGGGGCAACGUGAAGAACCUGAUCGCCCUUGACCUGGACCUGUGCGAUAACCUGACGGAGGAGGCGCUCUACAAGUUUUUGGCGCGCUACGGCUCGAACCUGCGGGGCCUCGUGCUAUCCGGGAUCCCUCAGUGCACCGAUUCCCUCUGCAGCAACGUCAUGCCCGCCCUCAAGAAUAUCAGGAUCCUCCGUCUGGGGCUGUCUGAGGCCUUGUCGUACCGCCUCAUGGGUAAGAUCCACGUGGACGGCCUCCUCGACAACUUCGCCAACUACGCGCAGAACCUUGAGCGUCUGGAGAUGUCUUGGGACCCCGAGAGUCUUCGCUUCUCCGACAAGAGCCAAAAGGCCAUUGACACCAUGCGGGUCCGCUGCCUAAGACUGAAGUGCCUCGUGCUAGCGGACGGCAAGUACUACGAAAUCGUCAAGGCCAACUACGAGCGAGCAGACCGCACGACGGUAGUUCGCACGGCCACCAACUGCUGCGUCUCCAUCGUCUACCUACUCUCCCACUACAAGGACCUCAUCUUCAACUAGCGGGGCCCCGGCCAGGCGUGCGAGGCGACAGAAGGGCUCCCGAAGGUCCCCAAGCCUGACAAACUCGAUAAGGCUCUCAAGGCGGACGAGACGAUUCAGAUACACAUUUAUGGUCUGUUCAAGUAACUUGACGAAUAAGCUCCCUCCCAUUUCAUCCAUGAACGUCACUGUUGGGAAGCUUUGUUACCGGGCGUUAAGUAAACUCCCUCGUCCUUCGCCCAUCGUAGUUUGGCGAACCAGGUUCUUCUCCCUUCACUUUUCCCAUACCAUCCCUCAGAGGCUUAGCCUACCGUUGGAUACGAGAAUACUUUGCCCACCCACCUCCCCCUAAAGAGGCUUAUAAUGAACUGGCACUAGCACGUCACCAGUCAAAUGAAUCUCCCCCACCGUCUUGCAGACGUAUAUGGCUGAUGAAAAGAAAAUAUUAUUUGUCGAGUAGAGGCCAGUAGAUGAUAAGGAAGGAGAUUUUGUCAAGCUAAACUAAUUACGCUCAUCGCUUGUACAAAACGUAAAACCGCCUCGAUAAAUAGUAGUAGUCCCACGGUUUCAUUUCAAUUAAGCAAGGUGACUCACGCCGUGACGGAGGCACGAGCACUACUGAAAAUGUAUACUUAGCUGACUGUUCACGUGGCCAUGACGGCAGGAAGAAAGGAUGGGAGUGAUGAAGGAGGCGAUAAAAAGGAGAGAUUUAUGAAGGAAUGGAGAAAUGGAGAAAAUAAUGGAGCAAACGCGAAUAAAUACAUUUGGAGAGAUGAUAAAUAUACUUGGAGAAGUUGUAAUGGAGGAAAAAUAAAAAAAAUAAAACAAGGACAGGGAGAGAAUAGUGAUGAAAAAGAUAGGGAUGAAAAUUUGAAGCACAGGAAGGUUGGUUGUGGAAAUUUGCCUUUGUGUUAUAGUCUUCCAGAUCACGUGCCUUACUCUCAUAAACCACACCUGUUCAUGCAUACAUACAGACAUACAUACAUACAUACACUUACACGUUCCAUUCUUCCUUGAAUAUACGUCAGCUUUCCCCUUUAUUGUUCCUCGGACACACACACACACACACACACACACACACACAUCGCCCCUAGCCGUGUUGUUACUUUCUUGUUACGUUGCAAAAUGAAUAUUAAAACAAUGAUAAUCUGG